CAGUGCUCCGAGUGGAAGGGGCUGACCGCCGGCCUCCGCAGGGUCGCGGGAGCCGCGCGGCGGAUGGGAGGGGCUGGAGCGAAAGUUGCGGGCGCGGGAUCCGGGAUCCGGGGCAAUGGAACCGGGCCCCGCCUUGUCCCCCGGGCCUUCCCGCUCCUUCAAGGAGGAGCUGCUCUGCGCCGUCUGCUACGACCCCUUCCGUGACGCCGUGACUCUGCGCUGCGGCCACAACUUCUGCCGCGGGUGCGUGACCCGCUGCUGGGAGGUGCAGGUGGCACCCACCUGCCCGGUGUGCAAGGACCGCGCGGCCCCCGCCGACCUGCGCACCAACCACACCCUCAAUAACCUCGUGGAGAAGCUGCUGCGCGAGGAGGCCGAGGGCGCGCGCUGGACCGGCCACCGCUCUCCGCGCCUCUGCCGCCUGCACCGCGGCCAGUUCAGCCUCUUCUGUCUCGACGACAAGGAGCUGCUGUGCUGCUCGUGCCAGGCCGACCCCCGGCACCAGGGGCACCGCGUGCAGCCGGUGAAGGACACUGCCCACGACUUUCGGGUAAGCGCGGCCGCGUGCUGGAGGUGGCCGAGCGCGCACGUGGACUGGAACCCAGCACCCUGACCCCGCUGCUCCCGCACUCCAGCCUGCCAGAGCUGGUGUGCCCGGUCCCGCCCCUCUUCCCCCUGCCGGCUUGCUGGUGCCUCCUCGGGACCCCCACUCCCUGCCGCUGGUAACAUACAGAGGCUGCUUUCUUCAUCAAGGCCGGCCCAGGGGCCUGAGAUGGGAGAAAGAAUGUCAACAGGAAGUGUGAGAACUGGGGUUACAGGAUGUUCUCAAGACAGCUCCUCCCC